GGACCUAUUGGACCUGCUGGAGAACCAGGCCAACCAGGAUUACCUGGUCCUAAGGGACCACCCGGAAAGCUCAACGAAGUUGCAGGACCUGACGGGCCGCCGGGACCACCCGGGCCUCCGGGACCUCCUGGAGCAGAGGGUGCCCCUGGAAGAAAUGGAGAACCCGGCCCAGACGGUUCUCCAGGAGAUGCUGGCGAUCCUGGAGCACCGGGUCCAGCAGGAGCACCCGGAAAAGAUGGUCCACCAGGACCUGACGGUCCCGCCGGACCAGCUGGUGGAUGUGAUCAUUGUCCACCUCCAAGAACUGCUCCUGGCGAAUUCUACGUUUUGAUAUUAAUCCGUAGUGCCCGUGAAAUAGGUGAAAAAGCGAUUAGAGGUCAAAAACGGUGACU